AUGGCUUCUGCGAUUCGUACCAAAGCCAUUCGAAGCCUAAACUUCGGGGAAGUGCUGGCAGAUGACUUCGAUGCUUUGUUGAGCUUUGUGGCCAUGAUUGGUACUGUAGAGCAUCGCAGCUGGGCACUGGUAGUCCAGUGCCUCCAGGACAUGCACUUGCUCCGGGUUCCGUGGGAAGUGAUGACUCUCACUGCAGCCAUCGGUCUAUGCGAGUGGCAGCAAGUCUUGGCACUGCUGGAGGAUAUGAAGAGACUGAACAUCAGGGCAAACGUGGUGACAUCCACCUCAGUGAUCACAGCUUGCACACGUGGUAGCCAGUGGCUGAAGGCCAUCGACGUGUUUGCAAAACUGCCCGCUCAGCGGCAGCUUCCAAACGAGGUGACACAUGGUGCAGUUGCUGCAGCGUGUGAGAAAGGCCAACAGUGGAAGAGCGCACUCCACCUCUGUCCGCGUGCAGCGAAUGUCGUCAUUCUAAAUGCAGCCCUUGCUUCGAUGAGAGAUUCCGGCAAUUGGAGAAUGGGAUUGCAUGUGCUGACCAGCCCAGUGCUGACCAGCAAUGACUUCAGCGCGGUCAGCGAGGAAGGACUUGAAGGACCCAAGCCGCUGAGCCGCAAGGUGCGGAAGAAAGCCACGGUGGAUGCCAUCAGUUUCAGCUCGGUGGCUUCUAUUUGCGAGAGGGUGAGACAGUGGGAAACGGCGAUGCAUCUAUGGCCGUACAUGCGCCUUGUUGGCGCCAAAGCAGAUAGUGGCUUCUGGAACAUGCUGAUUAGCGCAUCUGGCAGAGGCGGUGCUUGGGAGAAGUCACUGAAACUGGAGCAGAUCCUUCUUCUCCACCGAGUGGCACCCACUGAGAUCUCUGUUUCAGCUGCAGUCAGUGCUUGUGGUGGUGCAAAGGAGUGGCAUCAAGCACUGGGAGUCUUCCAAGGCGUCCCAGUGGGAAUGUUGUCAGAGGAUGUGUUUGGUGCGGCUAUCGGGGCCUGCGAAGUAGCACAGCAUUGGGCUCGAGCUGUGCAAUUGUUGCAGGAGAUGAACCUGCAUGCGCUUGAACACGACGUGGUCAAGGUUUCUUCCGUGGUGAGUGCCUGUCAAGGUCAAUGGCCAGUGGCUCUUGACUUGUUGCAUGAGCUCAACGUCAAAAGCUUCAUAAUUCAUGCUGCCACCCUUUCUGCAUGCUCUACCGCACAGCAGUGGUUACAGUGCUUGCAGGUUCUAGAAGACAUGCGUGAUAGCGAAAUCCGGUGCGAUUUUGUUUUGCUUUGCGACGUGGUCACUGCUUGUACAGAGAGUGGCCAUGCCGUGCCAGCUCUCCUAGACGAGGUGCUGCAUGCCAGUUUCGUUGUGUCUAGAGCCAUGAUGAAUGCCGGGCGAUUUGGGAGGCUACUUCAGCUUAGUGGUGUCAGACACCAGGUCUCUUUUGCCACUGUGCUGCAGCAGUCCGAGAACGUUCUACCAUGCUACAACAUCGUGCAGAAUCAGAUCCGGCCUGAAGUGCAAGAAACCCCCGGCCGUUGCGAAGAGACGUCAGCCUUCACACACAGCAUCAAGUGGUCUUGGAAUGGCAAGGAGGUUGUGGAGGAGGGAAAGCACCGGUCCAAGCGCGGCGCAAAGAAUGAAGCUGCUCGGAGUUUGCUGACACACUUGGCUGGUGAUGAGGCAGAGAUGUUAGACCCCCGGCACAAUGGAGCGGUAGCUCAAUGGUUGAUCGCCUCCAUCACCGAAGAGUUGGAGGCUACAUUGGAGGUGAAGGAGGACAAGCCAGAAGCAGAACAGGAUGUUCCGCGUGCUGGCGGAAAAACUCAUACUUGCACUUUGGUUUGUCCCCAGAUUGAGGGUGAGUUUGUGGCAACUGGAUCUGCAAAAUCAGCAGCUGAUUCCCGUCGAAAAGCAUUCGCGGCUUUGUACGAGACGCUUCCGCCAUCUCUGGAGGAGGUCUACAUUCAACGCGGUACCCAGAAGAUUUCACUUCCCAAGAAAUCAGAGAAGGAACCAGCGCCUGUCAAGACUGUCAAGGCACCCCAGGCUGCCCAGCCAUCCAUGUCAAGACAUCGGAUGGGCGAAGUCAAUGUCAUGCACAAUUCAGUGGUCCAGAAGCUGAAUAUUGAGGCGACCAAGACUUACAAAAAGACCAUACAAGGGAGCAGCGAAUGCACACUCACUUGGAGAUUCUAUGAUUCGGAUGGCUUGAAGACAGAGGAGGUCAUCGCGGUUGCUCACUCCAAGCCAGCUGCAAAGGCAUUGGCCCACGAGCAGAUGCUCAUUCAGCAGGGCCACAUACCCCGUUUCUCUGAGGAGCAAGCGAAGCAAAGGCAGGAGAUUCAGCUGGCGCUAGACGAGCAACGCAUACAGGAUGCCUGCCAGAGGGCCAUAACUUUGAUGGAGGGCGCAGACAUCAACAUGUGGAGUUCAUUUCUGCCCUCCGUGAUGCGUGCCGUGCUGGGCGAAGGUGACAGAGCUUACCUACAUGAACUUCUCGAUGCCACACUUCGGAUCCAAGAGAAUGGCCUUCCACCAGAUCUGUGGGAAGCAUUGCUGGACGAGGCCAGCUUUGCCAUCCGCCACUACUUCAUGGCCCUGCCAGCACUGCGCGAAUUAGGAGGCUUUCCUCUAGCAGAUGCAUUCCCCGGAGAGCAAGAGAAGGAGUACUUCAAGCGUUUUCGCCACUUGCUCGCUCUGGAGCGACAUGGGGGGUUGAUGUCUGGCAUUCAGACGUAUGAGCUAGAUCCAAAAGCGGCAUGUAGCGUUCCUACCGUGGAAGUUCAUUUGGCCGAGGCUGACCGGAUCUCUGUCACAUCCCCACCAGACAGCAAUUUGCUCGAGUUGGUAGAGGGUGCCCGACCGCUGCGGGCCACUGAUUUGGUCCUUCUGGUGCCCAGUGAGGCUGCAGAUGAAAUUCAGAGAGAAGCAGAAGAAUCUCCGGAGAUGGGGAACAGUACGGGUUGGCAGCAUCCUGAAGCCUGGCUUGGCAGCGUGACGUCCAUUCAAGGUAACUCCCGCUUGGACGAAGAGGUGCGCAUCAACAUCCGACGCAUGUCCGACUUUGCAUCAGAUGUCGAGCUGCGUGAGGGCUCGGGACAAAGGCCAUCGCCAAUCACCAUCGGAAGAGAAUUUCGGCUCUACUUCUUGGAUCCUUGGGCCUGA